AUGUCGUCCUCUUCCGCGAUACCCUCCUCCCCUUUGGGAAGGAUUGGCGCGCAAAAUCGAAGUGCUGAUACGGAGCGACUCGAUCCUCUCGCCCUUGGUAGAUCCAGGAACACCAGCGGCGUAGGGGCAAGCGCGAGUCGAGCCUUCACUCCAGGUACAUCAGAGGCGGGAUCGCUCAACCUUGAGCGACAGCUGCAAGGCCAUUACGAGGAUGACGCCAGCACCGUCAACGGCGAGGGCUCGCAUCCUAUGGAAGAAGAUACCCCUCGUCGACCUCGGCCGCGUGCCACUGUUGAUACGCAAGAUAUCCCCCCUGUCGUCGACGAAGUCGGUGAACGUGUGCGUGAAGGAUUCGCACAGUUCCUUGAAAGCUUUGUCGACCAGCCCUUGUCCGGCUCGCCUGACCCGAACGGCGAAAAGGUGCAAGAUCCUGUCUACAUCGACCAGAUAUACGCUCUUCGCGACUACAACCGUACCACGCUUUUUGUCGACUUCAGCCACAUUCUCCGCCAUGACGAGGUCUUGGCACGCGCUAUUAGCGAUCAGUACUACCGUUUCGUUCCUUACCUUCGUCGUGCGCUUCUCGACCUCGUCAACACCUACGUGCCCAACUAUCUUUACCUCAAUGCACAUGUGGCUGCCACCGCAUCCUCGGGUCUCAUUCCUCGCGACUUUUCGGUCUCGUUCUACAACCUCGGUCUGGUUGCCGGCAUCCGUGAUCUGCGCACCGACCGUGUUGGCAAGCUUGUCUCGAUCAGCGGAACGGUAACACGAACGAGCGAAGUGAGACCAGAGCUUCUGUACGGCGCGUUUACUUGUACCGCUUGUUCGGGCGUAGUGCGCGACGUCGAGCAGCAGUUCAAGUACACUGAGCCUGUCAUGUGCAGGAAUCCCAUGUGCCAGAACCGACGAGAGUGGCAGCUCAACGUGGAUCAAAGUCGAUUCUGCGAUUGGCAAAAGGUGCGCAUUCAAGAGAAUGCCAACGAGAUUCCCACAGGAAGCAUGCCUCGUAGUCUCGACGUCAUCCUCCGCUCCGAGAUUGUAGAGCGCGCCAAGGCCGGUGACAAGUGCAUUUUCACGGGCACUUUCAUUGUUGUACCCGAUGUAUCGCAACUUGGCGUGCCUGGCGUCAAUGCACAGAUCCAGCGAGAGGCACAAGGCGGUCGUCCUGCUGAAGGUGUCAACGCACAAGGUGUUACAGGUCUGAAAAGCUUGGGUGUCCGAGAUUUGACCUACAAGACGGCCUUUCUCGCGUGCAUGGUGCAGAGCGCCGAUGCCAGGGGAGGUAACGACAUCCGAGCUGAGUUCACCGACGAUAACGAGGACCCGGAAACGCUCAUGGACUCGCUCACCGAAGCCGAAAGGGACGAGCUCGAAGCCAUGGUCAUGUCCGAAGACAUCUAUAGCCGACUUGUUCAGUCGAUCGCACCUACCGUUUACGGCCACGACAUUGUCAAGAAAGGCAUCCUGCUUCAGCUCAUGGGCGGCGUACACAAGUCGACCAAAGAAGGCAUGCGUCUCCGUGGCGACAUCAACAUUUGCAUUGUCGGUGACCCUUCGACGAGCAAGUCGCAGUUCCUCAAGUACGUUUGCGGUUUUAUGCCUCGAGCCGUCUACACAUCCGGCAAAGCUUCUUCAGCUGCUGGUCUCACAGCCGCUGUUGUGAAAGACGAGGAGACGGGCGAAUUCACCAUCGAGGCUGGCGCGCUGAUGCUCGCGGACAACGGUAUCUGCGCCAUCGAUGAGUUCGACAAAAUGGACGUAGCCGAUCAAGUCGCGAUCCACGAGACCAUGGAACAGCAGACCAUCAGUAUCGCCAAAGCCGGCAUCCAAGCCACUCUCAACGCACGCACAUCCAUCCUUGCCGCUGCUAACCCGGUGGGUGGACGAUACAACCGCAAGCAAACAUUGCGUGCCAACGUGGCCAUGUCGGCACCCAUCAUGUCGCGUUUCGAUCUGUUUUUUGUAGUGCUCGACGAGUGUAACGAGGCAGUCGACAUGAACAUUGCUCAGCACAUUGUCAACGUACACCGUUUCCGAGAUGCCGCCAUCGAUCCCGAGUUCAGCACCGAGGCGAUCCAAAGGUACAUUCGCUAUGCCCGCACAUUCCAGCCCAAGCUGACGCCCGAAGCUAGCGAUGUGCUGGUUGACAAGUACCGACAGCUGCGUCAAGAUGAUUCGGGCCCAGGCAAGAAUUCGUAUCGAAUCACCGUUCGUCAGUUGGAGUCCAUGAUCCGACUUUGCGAGGCGAUUGCCCGUGCGAAUUGUCGACACGAGAUCACACCAGCAUUUGUGCGCGAGGCCUUCUCGCUGCUGCGGCAAUCGAUCAUCCACGUCGAAAAGGACGACAUCGAUUUCGACGACGAAGAAGAGCAAGCGCACGCUCAUAACCAGGCAAGCGCCGCUACCGCUCAACCAUCGUCCUCGCUCGACGCAAUGGACGAAGAUUCGAUGGACCCCAACAUGCAAGACUCGGCAGACGCUCAAGCGUUGUCUUCGAGCAUACCUGGCACCGCCGGUGCUAUGGGCGAGAUUGCCUCGAGCUCGGCCGCGUCCAAACGAAAGAUUCGCAUCACGUUUGACCGAUAUAUGGAGAUGGCCAAUCUGAUUGUGCUGCGCAUCAACGAGGUGGAGCGACAAACGAUGCGUGGCGUAGCACGAUCCGAGUUGAUCGACUGGUACCUGCUGCAACGCGAAAACGAGAUCGAAACCGUGGACCAAUUCGAGGAAGAGACCGAGCUGAUAAAGAAGGUGCUCACCAAGCUGGUCAAGGACUCGAUGCUGUUGGAACUGCGAGAGCAGAUCGACGAGGAUGGAAAUCCGAUCAGUAGUGUUGGAGAUACCUCAGCUGGAGGAAGCGGCUCGUCGGCUGGCGAUCCCGUACUGAUGGUCCAUCCUCAGGUCGAUAUCGACAGUAUCGGCGCUACCACGGGAUCUGCCUAG